AUGAAUAAUAUUUGUCCUCUGGUUAUUUGUGGUCCUUCGGGUGUAGGUAAAGGUACUUUGAUAAAAAAACUGUUAAGUGAGUUCCCUAAUUAUUUUUAUUUUUCUGUUAGUUGUACUACCAGAAAAAAGAGAGAGAACGAGAAAGAAGGUGUGGAUUAUUAUUUUAUUGAUAAGAAUAUGUUUGAAGAUAAAUUAAAAAAAAAUGAUUUUUUAGAAUAUGAUAAUUAUGCUAAUAAUUUUUAUGGAACAUUAAAAAGUGAAUAUGAUAAAGCGAAAGAACAAAAUAAAAUCUGCUUAUUUGAAAUGAAUAUUAAUGGUGUCAAACAAUUGAAAAAAUCAACACAUAUAAAAAAUGCUCUAUAUAUCUUUGUCAAACCACCAAGCACUGAUAUACUCUUAAAUAGAUUAGUAAACAGAAACACAGAAAAUAAAGAACAAAUACAAAAACGUAUGGAACAAUUAAAUAUAGAAUUACAUGAAGCCAAUUUAUUAAAUUUUAAUUUAACAAUUAUUAAUGAUGAUUUAACAUUAACAUAUGAACAACUAAAAAAUUAUGUACUUAAUUCAUACAUUCACUUGAAAUAA